AGCGAUUCCGAGAUUGAAAGUAUUAAUAUCGAAUAGGUGUUGUUACAAUGGAUAUUUAUGGGUAUUCUGCGUAUCAGUAUAACCAGUCGGAUGAGUUAGCGAAGCAGAUGUUUGCUCAACAAACUUUGGCCUCCACGAUGCCGUAUAACAGACCACCAGAGCCCCAUAUCAUGCCGCCACCAUCAGGUGCUCCGUGGAACGUGGAAGGAAUGCCUUGGGGAAUGCCCUCUCGUCCGAGUGUAGUGCAGUUCACUGGCCAACAACCUAUGGAUCCAAAGUUUACGUCGUCUCCAGUAGUUCAUUGCAAGCGAAAAAGUCUUGAUGUGGAACCAGUAAUACCUGCAAAGCAACUAAUAACUGAGGAAAAGAUGGCAGCGCACCUCAACAGUCUUCACAUAUCAUCAGACUUCACACCUCACAAACUAGCAACUGAAGAUGUUAUGGAUGUUGGAAUGGAACCUAUACCAUCUACAAGUACUGCCACAUCCUGCCCGGUGCUCAUGACUGAGAAGUUCAAGGGACAUACUAUAGUGCUUUCUGAUGAAGUUAAAAAUGUGCAUGAUGAACCUUUGUUGCCUGCUGCUCUUAUUGAACGGUUAGAAAAACCCCGAAUGUCGCUAGUGCUAUGGAAACCAAAAGACAAUAUAUUAAAAAUAAAAGAAGAAAAGGAACAAGAAAAAGAACAUGACAAAAAACGCAAUGGAUUACUAGUAACUGAACCUGGAAUGGAUGUGGAAAUGUGAUAUUAUCCUAUUGAU